CAGUAAGAAGGAUAAAUGUUUUCUUGCAGGUUUUUGGUUUCCAGGAUCCAGUAGAACUUUUAGCUGUUUGCUAAAAUAUGGACCCAACUUCCAUUUUCAGAGCAGAUUAGAUCUUUAUGAAGUUUUUAUAAACUUCCUGUCUGGUUCGGUCUGUCCUCUGCUGCUGCUGCCUGGUCCUGGUUCUGAAUCCGGUUCCGGUUCCGGUUCUGCUUUUAUGCUGAAUAAUAUCCUAUAAACUCAAAACUAAAUAAACAGUGAGCCUCAGCGUUUCUGGGCUUUUAUUGGCUCCUUUGUUUCCUAACAAACAUGACGUCACCGCUAUAGACAGAGCAGCCAAUCAGAGCCCAGAGCAGCUGGUCUCUAUGGUAACGACGGAUCGUUUGGAGCAGAGCAGCGUCGGACUGAAGCUGAGAACAAACUGGUUCAACUGGGAGAACUGGAGCAGAAACUGUCAUGGCAGGAACGUCCAGACACGACCGAGCGAUGGCCCAGAAGGCCAAGCAGCAGCUGUCGGGAUGUUCUGACCCGGUGGAGCGGCUCCGGCUGCAGUGUCUGACCCGAGGCUCGUCUGGGAUCAAAGGCCUGGGCAGGACCUUCAGGAUCAUGGACGACAACGAGAACCGCUGCCUGGACUUCAAGGAGUUCCUGAAGGGCCUGAACGACUACGGGCUGCUGAUCGAGAAGGACGAGGCCUCCGCCUUGUUCCGCCACUUCGACCGCGACGGCAGCGGCUCCAUCGACUUUGACGAGUUCCUCAUCACCCUGAGGCCUCCCAUGUCCAAGUCUAGGAUGGAGGAGGUGAUGGAGGCGUUCAGGAAGCUGGAUAGGACCGGAGACGGCGUGAUCACCGUGGACGACCUGAGGUGCGUCUACAACGCCAAGUACCACCCAAAGUACCAGAACGGGGAGUGGACCGAGGAGCAGGUGUUCCGGACCUUCCUGGACAGCUUCGACUCUCCGUACGACAAAGACGGAAAGGUGACCAAAGAAGAGUUCCUGAACUACUACAGCGGCGUCAGCGCCUCCAUCGACAGCGACGCCUACUUCAUCCUGAUGAUGAGGAACGCCUGGAAGCUCUGAGGCCGCAUGAGCUAUGACUCAUUUAUAACGAUGAUAUUAAUGUUUUACAGUGAUCACUAUUUAUAAUAAUAAUGUUUUACAGUGAUCACUAUUGAUAAUGAUAUUAAUGUUUUACAGUGAUCACUAUUUAU